GUGCCGCCGAUCGGGCCCGCGCGGGCCGCGCCUCCUCGCCAUGGGUCCCCUGUCGGCGCGGCUGCUGAUGCAGCGGGGGCGACCCAAGAGCGACCGGCUGGGGAAGAUCCGGAGCCUGGACCUGUCCGGGCUGAAGCUGCUGUCCGAGCACUUGGACCCCAAGCUCCUGAGCCGCCUGACGCAGCUGCAAGAGCUGGACCUCUCCAACAACCAGCUGGAGACGCUGCCCGCCAACCUGGGCCUGCCCCACCUGCGCGUACUCCGCUGCGCCAACAACCAGCUGGGAGACGUCUCAGCCUUGUGCCAGUUCCCACAGCUGGAGGAGCUCAGCCUGGAGGGCAACCCCUUUCUGACAGUCAGUGACAACCUGAAGGUAUCCUUUCUCCUGCCCAAGCUCCGUAAGGUCAAUGGCAAGGAUGCUUCGUCCACUUCCUCUCAGGUGGAGAACCUGAAUCGGGAGCUGACCAGCAGGGUCACAGCUCACUGGGAGAAGUUCAUGGCUGCGCUGAGCCCAGAGGAGGAGGCGGAGAAGGCCCAGGAGGACUUUGUGAGGUCUGCUGUCAGGGAUGUCCGCUAUGGGCCCGAGUCCCUCAGUGAAUUCACCCAGUGGCGGGUGCGGAUGAUCUCUGAGGAGCUGGUGGCCUCUGGUGGGAUCCAGGGGUAUGAGGCAGACAGCCCAGAGAGGCCCCCAGAAUCCACAGCUGCCCAUCCCAGGGCUAGGCCAGUGGCCUUGAAACGGUCAGAUGAUAUCCCACUCAACCUCUCCCCCAAGAAGCGAGUGUGCACCUCACCGUUGGCUCCAGCGGAGGGCAGCCCCGUGGGCUCUGGUGGCAGCCAGCCGGUCCUGGAGCUGGAGCCCCUGCACUUCCUGCAGUGCCACAGCAAGAACAACAGCCCGCGGGACCUGGAGACCCAGCUCUGGGCCUGCGCCUUCGAGCCGGCCUGGGAGGAGGGGCAUGCCGGGGCCACGUCCCAGACCGUGGCCACGUGUGGCGGGGAGGCCGUGUGUGUGAUAGACUGCCAGACGGGCAUCGUGCUGCACAAGUACAAGGCGCCAGGCGAGGAGUUCUUCUCAGUGGCCUGGACAGCCUUGAUGGUGGUCACUCAGGCAGGCCACAAGAAGCGCUGGAGUGUGCUGGCAGCUGCAGGCCUGCGGGGCCUGGUCCGGCUGCUGCACGUGCGUGCCGGCUUCUGCUGCGGGGUCAUCCGGGCCCACAAGAAGGCCAUCGCCACCCUCUGCUUCAGCCCCACCCACGAGACCCACCUCUUCAGGGUUGGCCUUGGGACCACAGUCUCAGCCUGGGAUACAGCCCGCAGGAGGGAGCAGGGCCUCCUCAGAGCCACCUGUCCUCCUCCCAUCACCUCUUCAGCGGCUUCCUAUGACAAGCGGAUCAUCCUCUGGGACAUUGGGGUGCCCAACCACGAUUACGAAUUCCAGGCCAGCCAGCUGCUCACGCUUGAUACCACUUCCAUCCCCCUGCGCCUCUGCCCGGUUGCCUCCUGCCCGGAUGCCUACCUGCUGGCUGGCUGUGAGGGUGGCUGCUGCUGCUGGGACGUGCGGCUGGACCAGCCUCAAAAGAAGAGGGUGUGUGAGGUGGAGUUCGUCUUCCCCGAGGGCCCCGAGGCAUCUAGACGGAGAGUGGAUGGGCUGGCGUUUGUGAAUGAGGAUGUCGUGGCCUCUAAGGGGAACAGCCCAGGCACCAUCUACCUGUGGAGCUGGGGCCAGACAUGGCUGGGCCGGGGCAGCCAGUCCACAGUGGCGGUAGUGGUCCUGGCUCGGCUGCAGUGGUCACCCACCGAGCUGGCCUACUUCUCACUCAGCACCUGUCCUGAUGAAGGGAUUGUGCUCUGUGGGGACGAGGAGGGCAAUGUGUGGGUCUACGACGUCAGGCACAUCCUGAGGCAGCAGCCUCCGCUGCCGGCAGGCCUGCAGGCACCCACACAGAUCCUGAAGUGGCCCCAGCCCUGGGCCCUUGGCCAGACGGUGACCAAGACCAUGGUGAACAUGGUGGUGGCCAACCCCACCUGUACCUACCUCACCGCUCUGACGGACUCCAACAUUGUAGCCAUAUGGAAGAGACAGUAGCCUCGAGCACAAGCUCUGCCUCUGCGCAGAGCACCAGGGACACAACUUAACUUAUUCAGCUUCUGGGCUCAUGAUGGGGAUCUUUUUAUCGGUGAAUAUUUUUAUUAAACUACUACGUAAGAGAAGCCUGUGGUGAGCUGUUUGGGGGC